GACCAGUUAAUGUCGCUGAUUUCACGGAGCUGGCGUGAAAAGAGUAGCUGUGUUCGAACACUCAUACUAAGCGCACUAUGCCAAAAAUUCCCGGACGUCGUACUAAAUUCGACAAAAUACGAAGUAUGCAAGCACUGGACACUAUUUCCGUGCUUUUAGGGACCGUAAUGCAAUUCUUCAGAAAACGGGCGCCGCUUCACAACGUUUUCAGAUUUGAGGAAAAUGGCGGAAAAUAUGCAGCCGAUGUCCAACAAGAGCGGAUACAAAUGUAUUGCUUUAACUAAUUAUGACAAAUGUUAAGACAAUGUUGAGCAAGGUAAUACAUGAAUGACUUUUCAAUAAUACAUUUUAACUAGCCAGAGAGUAUAUUAACUAUAUGCUAUCUAACGAAAUACCCAACAUUUAUUGACUUGAAUAUUCACAUCCUUCUUAGCUAAGUGGUAUAGUCGUUGUGCGUUAUCAAUGGACAUAGUUCAUUCUGGCUAUCAACUCUGAUUUCAGAGCAUUCUGAAUGUGCCAGAAAAUACCCGUUGAAAACGGCUGUCAGUAAACGUUGGCAAACAGAAAGCUUAAUUAAAUUGUUGCCAGCAGCACAGUUACAGUCACCAAUGCUUUAGUUAACAUGAAAACAGCCGAAACAGCUCUGCUAUGGCAAGUAAAAUGGUCAGAGUGAGAUGUUUUCUCAGUUGUGUCUGGAAGUAGCAAACCAACGUUCGCUUGGCUGCUGUUGUGAGGUCAGAAAGCUCAGAUCAACCCUACUCCUCAGCCAGAGCGUCCAGUGUGAUGAAAGCUCCAAGAGCGAAACGACAAUCCGACGACUCUUGAUUUAGGAACGCCCAGAGUGCACUGGCACUGCAGAUUAAAUGUACGAACACACCCAAAAUCGUUAAAUGUCUGGCUAGUCAUUUGUUAUGCUAGCAAGAGGUUGCAUAGCAACAGCAUCAACUUCCGGUAGAGAGGCGAAGCGCUAGUACGCUCAAACUGAAACGAUAACGUUAAUUUACAGUAUAUUACAAUGAACUAAUAGUAUGUUGUAUAUACUUAUCAAGUAUACAGUAUGAAAGGAAUGGUAUUUGAACACAGCUUGUGUUUCUCGUUAAUUGCUAAUCAGUUGCUUGUUCCACUUCCCACUCGCUUGAAGUCUCAUGACAAAGUUACCAACACCCACUUUUGGAAUAUGGAAGUAAUAAAGAUGGGUACAAGAUUUAGAAUAUGGUUCUAAAUUUCCCUCCCUAGCCCUACGAAAAAGCAUAAAGUUAUCUUCAAAUGAAGCAUGCUGAUGUGGUGAAUAUCUCUAAUUAUACAUUAGCUGUUAUAACCAAGCAAUGUCAUAUGUCAUAUGACAUUGUCAUAUUUAUCACUAUCUCCCUCUCUUUUCUACGAAUUCAGAUUAUGUGGUGGAAAAUUUGCCCUCUCCCGUGCCAGAAACGGCUUUGUUCUGUUCCUUGGCUCACAAGUUGGCUUCUGUAAAUCACAAUUGAGUGACUUGAGUUUAGGCUAUGUCGAUGACUGAAGUUGGGAUUGGAAUGUGACGGAAGAUGGCAGAACAUGAGGUUUUGUUUGAAACUGCUAGUGAGUCUGGUGAAGCUAAUAGUACAGAAAGUGAGAAUUAAUGGGUUACAUUGGUGAAGAAAAAGAGAAACGAGAAUUAAAGCUAUGUUGGAAAACAGGAAACCAGUAGACUCGUUUUAGUCGGUGUCAGGGUUUUGGAUCAAUGCUACAGGAAACCAGUAGACUCGUUUUUAGUCGGAGUCAGGGUUUUGGAUCAAUGCUACUUAUCUGUUUACCUUCUCCAGGAAAAUCUGGAAUGAGUUGGAGGAAAGUGUGGAGUCGGUGAGAGUCACAAGACAUGGUCUUAUUUAGAUUUUUGUGGGUCUGCGGAGCAGAAGAAGCAUGACUCAAAAAGAUAUUGGAGUGGAAUCUUUCCUGCAUGGAUUUUCAUAGCAGGGUGCCUAUCAAGGUUUAUUUUUCUAGGGUGGCGCAAGAAGUAAAGGCAGAGGAUAUAACUGAAUACAUCGAUAGAGUGGUUGGUGCACAUCGACUGACCUGUAUGGUGGAUGGAGAAAAUAAAUUAACUUCAUCCAUGCUACUGUUCUUUGAUGAAGAGUCUCUCCCUUAACAUAUAAAGUUAGGAUUCAUGAGAUACCCUGUAAGAGCUUUUGUGCACAAGCCCCUUCAGUGUCAUAAAUGUAAAAGAUUUGAUCAUGUGUCAAGUGUGUGCAGAAGGGAAAGUAAUCAUAUGCCAGAUGAAGGGAAAUGCUGUAACUGUGCAGGUGAACAUGCGCCUGAAUUCUUGGAGUACCCUGAGUGAGAAUGAGGUGGCAAGGUUAAGGAGUGUCCACUAUAUCUUCUAUCUGGAGGUGGUGAGAAGAUUGGACGGGAACGAGUGGCAGGGAAGAAGCAAUCGUAUUAGAAUCACCACGACCAGUGAAAGGUUUCUCAUCAACCGAGGGAUAGUGGAAUGCUACAUGUUAAAAAGAUGGACUUUGUGUUAUGUAUUGCAAUGGUCAUAAACUGUACGGCACAAGUAGAGAAUCAUUUUAAGAAAAUUGAAAUUGUGAAUGCCGCUGAACGUUUUUUGGGUCUCCUUGAUUUCACAGCUGAGGCCAUGCAAAAAAUCCUGUCGGUGAAUGUACCCUCAUCACAGGCCCCCGAGCCUGUGUAAGGAUGUAUUUUGUAGUGGACUAUGCUUGAAGAAGUGUGAUGGGUUUCCUUAGUUGACAUGUUUAUUUUGUAUGAUGUCGUUUUCCCCCUUUCCCAAAAUGUUUUUUUUUUUAAAUUCAAUACCCCGUCCAGCUGGUGGCGGUAAUGCCAACCGCCGUUAACCCCAUCGAAGAAGAAGACUGAAGUUGGGGACUCAAUGCCAUAUUACUCUCUGUAGACUAUGUGAAAAAGCCAAAUGUGUUCUCAAAUGGAGGGUGUUAGUCUGACUUUUCGAUGUACUUUAUGUUUUUGGCAAUUUUCUACUCUUUCCCUAGUUUUAUAUUUGGUGUGGGCCUAUGUUCCAGAUAAAUGGCUUCAUUCAGUAGGGCUUACUUACUGGCCUCAUCUGAUGCGGCAGUCCACCACUCUCCUUCUUGGUCAAAUAGCCCUUACACAGCCUGGAGGUGUGUUGGGUCAUUGUCCUGUUAGGAUGGAUGACUGCCAGAAGAGGGCCAUACCCAGAUUAAACGAUGUCUCCAUCAGUGAAGUGAACAUCAUUUUCUAUUUAUCAUCUCAAUGA